AUGGAUGUCGCAACUAUCGAUGCAAGCCGCAGCAGGGCUAUCCUGGUUGUGACUUCUGUCUUCCUGGGUAUUUCCCUUGUUAGUGUUGCACUCCGCAUCUUUGUUCGCACGCGCAUUGUUCGUGCUUUUGGGUGGGAUGAUAGUAUUAUGGUGUUGGCCAUGGGCCUCAACCUCAUCUUCGCCAUCUGUGGUAUCAUAGGAAGUAAAUAUGGAAUCGGUAGGCCAUUGGCCUUUUUCAUGCUUCAUCCGGACUAUUUGCAUCGCGCAUUACUGUGCUGGUGGCUCGGCCAAAUCUUCUACGUCUUGACUUGCGUUGUCGCAAAGAUCUCCAUCAUCAUCGCCCUCCUCCGCAUCACCGUCGAUCGUAUCCACGCCUACAUUCUCUACGCCGCCAUGGUUCUCGCCACUGCCGUUGGCCUCGUUUUCUUCUUCUUCACCAUGUUCCAAUGCUCGCCCGUCGACUUCUUCUGGAAUCAGAUGCAGCCCGGGGCUGAGGGCUCGUGCGUUAAUAAAGAUACCCUUAUUGGCAUUGCGUACUUGUACAGUGUCGGCGCGGCGGUCACUGAUUUGACGAUUGGUCUACUGCCCGUGGCGUUGAUUUGGAAUUUGCGCAUGAAUCGCCGCACGAAGGGCGCUAUUGCUGGGAUUUUGGGUAUCGGUUGCAUUGCGAGUGCUGCGGUUAUUGUUCGCAUUCCAUUUGUUCAUCAUUACAAGGAUCAGGAAUUCCUGUACAACACUUACCAAAUCUCCAUCUGGUCCAACGUCGAAGCAGGCCUCGGCAUCACUGCGGGUUGUCUUACAACCCUCAGACCCCUCGUCCGCUUUCUUCGCGACGGCUCCUCGAGCCACAGCCGAACGCCUCGGUCCUUUCCCCUUUCCGGUAAUGUCGCCGGUUUUCAUCGCUCGUCCCGUUCGCACUCGAAACUCGCCUCCCAGCAUGAUGCCAAUCAGCUCUGGACGGGGAGCGAACAUGAUGACCAUGGCGUGACUACGACUAUCAUGGGUUCGAGGCGGGCUGCGCCCAGCAGUAGUGAGGAAGAUCUCAAUCCUUCGCCGUGGAAGGUGGAGAGAUCUGUUAGAGUCUCUGUGCGCGAUUCAUGA